AUGGAGGCUUUGUCAUACUUCAUGUUUGAGGCGAUUUCGGGGGGUCUCAUCAAGGGUAUAGAACUCCCAAACGGGGGUCCUGUCAUGUCUCACCUAAUGUAUGCGGACGACGUGGUAUUCAUGGGGGAAUGGAGCGAAAACACAAUUAUGAACCUUGUGAGGAUUAUGCGGGGUUUUAACUUAAUUUCGGGGCUGAAAAUAAGCCAUAAAAAAUCACAUCUAUUUGGCAUCGACGUCGAUCCCUCAACGGUACAAGUGAUGGCGAAUAAUAUCCACUGCAAAGUCGGCUCGUUUCCAUGUAAGUACCUUGGCCUUUUGGUGGGUGCCAACAUGAAUCAAGCUCGACAUUGGAGUGGAGUGAUUGAAAUACUCAAGUCUAGACUCUCUAAUUGGAAGGCGUCCACACUCUCAAUCGGAGGUAGAAUAACUUUAUUAAAAUUCGUCUUGGAUAGUUUACCACUUUAUUUCUUUUCAUUGUAUAAAGCUCCAAUCGGAGUUUUGGAUAAAUUGGAAGUAAUAAGAAGGCGAUUCUUUUUAGGGUGGGGAUGA